UCCAUAGAGAACUUGAUCUACAUAUCGCAUCGAAAUCGUAUACUAGUGUUAUUUUUAAAAAUAUCGAUAUCAAUUGACCUCUCAACCCAUUUUAGCUUUUAUCGCAAAGAACUUGUCAGAAAGUGUUGAGAAACUAUAUAAACAUUCAAUUACACAGUUAACGUUCAUCAUUUGCAGUGAGAAUACUUAUUUUACAUCUUGGCAUCUUGAACAUAACAAAUAUAAUAAUGGCACGUUGGUUAUUAUUUUUCCUUAUUGCUGCUUUCGCCCUCAUUUCUGUCAUUGAGACUGCGCCAGCACAAGAAGAGACAAGUCCAUCGAACAAAAUUGAAGAUUCAGUCAAGCAAGCUAUAGAAAAAAUUAGUCAAAGUUUCAAAGAUCUGAUGGAAGAUCCAAAAAUCAGUGAAUUUUACAAAGAGGGUCAAAAAGCGUUUGAAAAUGCUGCAGAAAAACUUAAAACUGAAGCGGCCAAACUUAUUCCAAAAACAGAUGAAUCUACCGAAUGAAGUCAUUACUUAUUCGAAAACUGUUAAUAUAAACUUAUAAUUAUAAAUAAUAUUCAAAAAAAAAUUUCUUAAAUUUUUUUAAAUGUGGUUACUGGUAGUAAUGGAAUAAAUUUUAUUGACCCAAUAACGGAUUAUUUUUAUUAUGAAAUCUUAACAAUUUAACUUAACAUUAAUUUGACAAUAAAUGUAUCAACCUAAUAAAGCGGAAAUUAUAGCAUCUGUAAAUUGCUUCCAAUAUUGAAGAGUUGGAAA